AUGUCGACGGCUCCGAAUACCAGUUACAAGAGCUUUGAAUAUCGAUUUCUGGAAGCCUUUCAGCCUACACAGUAUAACGUCGCUGAGUCUGAUAUCGACCAGUAUUUCGACACUCCUACAAUCAGUACUGGUUUCGAUAUAAGCCAGAGCCAGACUGAGUUCAUACGAAAUUGGUGGAAGGCCAACAGCCUUGAAUUUACUUGUAUGGCCCAGGUAGCACAAGAUCACCUUGCGAUACCAGCAGCAGAGUUCGCGAACCUGUUCGAAAUUCGCGAAUUUCGACGAAUCGAAUCGCCCAUAGAUUCGAAGCCCGAAAACCAAGGUUCGAAUUCGAUUCGAUUCGUUGAAAUUCGCGAACUUCGAACAGUUCGAAAAUUCGUGCGGAGCGAGAGUGACGAAGAGCAGCCAACGAAGAAAAGAAGAAAAUUUGAGGAUAGCGACAAGGAAAGCGACAACGACGAAGAUGAAGAAGAAGAUGACAGUGCAUCCGAGAGAUCACAUGCUGAUUCUUUGGCCGACGUUUACUAUGAAUUCAAAGAACUACGUGAAGAACGAAAAAGGGAGCUUGCACGGGAACGACAGGAUAUCCUGGACAUAAUUCAGUCCGAAAGCGAAAUAGAAAACAAGGUCAACCAGGCAUACCGUUCUUCCAUGGACGCCCCAAAGGAGGACAACCUGACCUCCAUGCCUUCUUUGCAUGCCACCAGGUACAUCAUUCAUUGCCGAGACCAAUAUAGGUAUUUCUAUAAUGGAUUGGGACCAGGAUAUGUUGAAUUUUACCACCUAUCGUUGGAGGAUGAUUUUGGUUCCAAUCCACGACCAGAUUUUGACCCGAAGAGGAUGUACGGGCAUAUCUACAUCAACGCAAGCAACGGCGUCCAGUUUGAACCAUUUGAUCCACCCCAGGAAUUCAGUGGGUCGGUUUUCAUAAUAUCACCCUUACCAAGUGGCCCCCAUGAUGUGCGAAUCAAGUUUUUCAGCAAGGAUUACAUCAAGAUGAGCCUCCCUAAAGAGCUAGCAUUUGAGAAUAAGGAGCCACCUGCCGAUGCCCCUGAUGUCUUUGAGUACGUGGGUGUUCGGCGCGAUUGGGAAAAGUGA